AAAAAAGUUGAUUGUUAUUUGUGCCAUAUCAUUGACAUUGAGUUUUCUAAAUUGUUCAUUGCCAUUUUGAAAUGGUGUGUAAAUACAAAUACCAACUUUUAUGUUUUUUAAAGCAGAUUUAAUUCAAAAAUAUGAACGACACAGAGAAGCCCGAACGCCUGGUUUUUCCAAAAACUAUUGUUUAUCAUCCUAAAGUAAAAACAGGAAACUGGUAUGAAGACCAACAACGAUAUAAAAGAGACAACUUGAGACACAAUACCGAAUAUUAUCAUGAAUAUCAGGAAAAACCAUUGACUACUGUUCCCGAUUCCGUAAAAUGGGAUUUGUUGUUUAAAUCUGAGGGUACUACCAAUGUCUGUCCACCACGAUUGAGUGACGCUUCGCCUAAUUUUCAUGACAAUUUUGCCAGUUCAUACGAGUUGUCUUACAGUUACUUUCCAAAAAUUGCUGCCCCAAUUAUUGAAAAUGUCCCACCGAAACCAAGAAAAUUUGGAAAAUACAGACCCGUUCUCGAAUUGAUUGAAAGUUAUGGCAACAUUAAUAACUACGGUCUUGGUGAUAUAAUUAAAAAACACAUUCAAUAUGAGGAAAAUGCAAAGCGUAGGUCAACUUCCCUAGCCAUGACUGAUGCCGAUUAUCGAGAACCUGGAAAAGAUCAUUAUGUAUUCUGUAGAUGGCCUAGAUACAGAGCAAUAAAGAAAAAAACUGCUGAUAUUUAUCCUCGUCGUCCACCUAACCACCCUAGACUCUCUGAUUAUAACCCGAUAACUUGGGAACCUAUAGAUAGAGAAAAAUUAACGAGAGCCCCCAAAAUUGAGUUGGAUUGUUAAAAAUUACUUUAGAUAAAGAAAUUUUAAAAACCAUAAUUAAUUAGUAUAGAUACUAAAAAGUUUUUUCAAAUUAUAAAUUAUUGUAAAAUAUGUGCCAAGACAACACAAUGCAUGUUUUAAACAUCUAAAUUUAGAAUAAAGAAAUUAAAUAACUCAAAA